GGGUAGGGGCUGGCGGAGAGGAUCAGGACAUUUAUUUAUUAACCCCACAAAGGAGGGCGACAACAACUGGGGAGCCAUCACGUUCGCCCGCUUCCACCAGUCGCCUGUCCCACAAUGCGCUGUGCUGAGGUUCGGGCUCCGAGUGCGAAGGACGGGGACUUCCUGGCACAGACACAGUAAGACAACAGAAAGAGCCCGGGAGCCUUCCGUCUACAACCACCAGUUGCGCCUGGGCUUGAAGGACACCGCCGCUGGCCAGCAGAAGGAGCUGAGGGCGCCGCCCUGCCCCAACCAGCCAGCCAGCCUGCUUGCUUAGAUCUCUUGGCCGGAAUGCGGUGGCUCGGCGUCCCGAGCGCGGCCGUGGUACUCCCUUGGACUUGAGGAUAACUUGUUUCCGCUCUGAUUGUCUAGGUUCCGAUGUGACUAAUAAAGCCAGUGUGGGAACUGUAACCACAGAUGGAGCAAAAGAAAUUCCAGCUAUAUUCUAUGUCCAGAUGUCCACAAGGACAACAUUAUUGAAGCAUCAUGAAGAUCUCCAUGAAACUAAAAUGGACCUGGCUAGGGAAGAGUUGUAUUCUAAUCAGUUUAUUGUGGAUUACUUAUGUUAUCAUUCAACUGACAGUCUCCAGUUUUCCUAACUCUGCUGGACAGAGCAAUAGUAAGGAAAGGAAGAACAGAGCCUACGUUAAUGAUGAGGAAAGUGAGGACCUGUCACGCCCACUGUAUGAAAAGUCUGCUGUUGAUAUGAACAGUCCCGGGGAGUUGGGUAAAGCUGCACAUCUGAAUUUAAAUGCAGAGGAGAAAAAACAAGAAGAGGAGAGUAUUGAGAGAUAUGCUAUUAAUGUUUACUUAAGUGACAAAAUAUCACUGCAUCGCCAUAUCCAGGAUGACCGAAUGCAUGAAUGCAAAGCCAAAAAAUACAACUACAGGAAACUUCCUACAACUUCUGUAAUUAUUGCAUUUUACAAUGAGGCUUGGUCCACCCUUCUCCGCACAAUUCAUAGUGUGUUGGAAACAUCUCCUGCUGUUGUGCUGAAAGAGCUCAUACUGGUAGAUGACUACAGUGAUCGAAUUUAUCUGAAGUCCCAACUGGAGGAGUAUAUCAGUAAUCUUCAGCGAGUACGUCUCAUUCGAACCAAUAAGAGGGAGGGACUGGUCCGUGCUCGUUUGAUUGGUGCUACUUUCUCUACUGGAGACGUGCUCACGUUUCUGGAUUGUCACUGCGAGUGUGUCACUGGCUGGUUGGAACCACUGCUGGAGAGAAUUAGAGAGAACGAGACUGCAAUUGUAUGCCCAGUUAUUGAUACCAUCGAUUGGAACACUUUUGCAUUUUACAUGCAGACGGGCGAACCAAUGAUUGGUGGAUUUGACUGGCGCCUUACUUUCCAGUGGCACAGUGUUCCUGAACAUGAAAGGAAUCGAAGAAAGUCGAGAAUAGACCCAAUUAGGUCUCCAACUAUGGCUGGGGGACUGUUUGCAGUCAGUAAAAAGUACUUUGAAUACCUGGGCACCUAUGACACAGGCAUGGAAGUAUGGGGAGGUGAGAAUUUAGAACUGUCUUUUAGGGUGUGGCAAUGUAAAGGCUCCUUGGAAAUCCAUCCAUGUUCACAUGUAGGCCAUGUUUAUCCAAAGCGUGCUCCAUAUGCUCGACCAAAUUUCCUCCAGAACACCGUUCGAGCAGCUGAGGUGUGGAUGGAUGAAUACAAAGUACAUUUUUACUACCGAAAUCCUCCUGCCAGAAAGGAAAAAUAUGGGGAUAUUUCUGACAGGAAACUACUCCGAGAUCGUUUGCAGUGCAACAGUUUCAGCUGGUACUUGAAGACCAUAUACCCGGAAUUGCACGUACCAGAGGAUCGUCCCAACUGGCAUGGAGCGAUCCGCUCAGAAGGGGUUCGUUCUGAAUGCCUGGAUUACAAUGCACCGGAUCAUAGUCCUACAGGAGCUCAACUGUCUUUGUUUGGAUGCCAUGGUCAAGGAGGUAAUCAGUAUUUUGAAUAUACAUCCAAGAAGGAAAUUCGAUUUAAUUCUGUGACUGAACUGUGCGCGGAAGUAAUUGAAGGACAAAGUUCCAUUGGAAUGAAGUAUUGUCCAGCUGACGAUUCCCCUGUUCCAGAGUCCAUUAUAUGGGAAUUUAAACCUGAUGGAACGAUCUUCCACCCGAAGUCUAACAAAUGCAUUAGUACUUAUCGUACAGCCGAAGGACGGAUGGAUGUUGAAAUGAGACUUUGCAAUUCACAAGACAAUAAUCAAAUCUGGCAUUUUGAAUAGAAAUGUUAGCUACGAUCUUACAGAGUAAACUCAAGAUGCUUUGACUUCACCAGUCAAAGUGAUAUUAGUACUACAGUUAAUAUUUAACACACACAAACUAAAUGCAAAUUGUAUCACCACUGUGCCUUUGUUAAAGUGCAUGAAAGAUAUGGUGGUAGACGAGGUUUGGGUGGAUAUAGACAUUGUUUGACUUUGAAUGCUAGUCAUUCUGCGUGCUGUUUGAUUUUUAUGCCUGAUUCUUGGCUUCAAUGUAUGAGUUUUUAUUUUUUUUCCUCUUUCCCUCAUGAGUAAUCAAACUGUUUUGUGGGCAUGAAUGAGUCUAUGUUGCUAUGUAAUUUGUAAAAUCUGGCAUGAUUUGCUUUAUUUUGAAAAGGGAAAAAAGAUUGCAGGCUUCAAUCAAGAGCUAAUGAAACAAUUCAGUGUUUCAGAAUGUAAAGAGAAAUUUUAGGUUGAAUUUCUACUGAAUUUCUAAAAUGUGGUUUAGCGUACAAAUUAUGAAAAUGCUAAAAAGGGUUAUGUGGUUUGAUAAGCACUUACAAUGCAGGAACAAAGGGACAGAAUAUCAAAUGCAGAUUAAAAACGCAUGAAAUAAACUACUGUAUUAGAAUUCUUGUGUAAGAAUAAAUUAUCAUUGUUUU